AUGGCCAACGUGCUACGGGUUCUAAUCUUCUCAUCCUGUUAUAUUGUUCUCGCCGAAAAGUCAGGUAAUGUUAACUGCCUUUGUGGAGGUAGCUCUUUUGUUCGCUAAUUACUUUUCGGGGGAAUUCAGGCCAUAAACCCGAAAUUUUUUGUUUUAUGGCAUUUCUGGCGGAAUUCUGUUCGACAAUAGGUAAAAGCAGCGUGAAUUAUUUGAAUUCUUUAGAUUUUUAAAGGUUAAACAGAAAGGAAUAACAAGUAACUACUAUACUUUUAAAGUUUUCUCAAAAUAUGUUUACUUUUCAGUUUAUCAAUUAAAAUUAUGUUACACAUGACAAGAAACUUUUGAUUUAGAUCUUUAUGAUCAACAGCCCUCUAACCACUCCACUUUAAACAUGUUUACAUAAAAAGGCAUAUUGUAAUUAGAUUAAACUAAUUUUGUCGCUUUCAGACUCCAAUUCCAAAGAGGAAACCGACUUCACGCGCACCGACCAUGACCUCAGAUUCGUUUGGCAAAAGGAAAUGGAAACCUUCUACUGCUGCAACGACGGCUCCCCAGAAGCCAUCGGUCUGGCCAAAAACUUCACCGUGCUAGGGUCCUCACCUCGAGACUCUCAAGAUGUGUCCGACUUUAACUGUCAAGAGUUUAAAGUGUCGUAUCUGGCACGACGCUCCAGAUACCUAUCCGACGCUGAAGACGACACGGACGAGGAGCACAACAGAAUCCGAUGCAAGUGUCCUGUAGCCAGCGACCAUAUGCUGGACGAGCACUGUCGCCGCCUUCCAGCGUGCAAGAAUCUGGGCGUGAGAACGGUGAACAACAAGUGCUUGUGUCCAGUACCGUUCUUCGGCGAUCUCUGCGAGAAGUACUGUGAUCAAGGACAGAUCAUUACUGGCCAAAACGGCCGAAACUACUGUAGUUGUGUACCGUACUACCAGGGAGAAGAAUGUCGAGAUCUGAUAUGCAUGAAUGGAGGUAGGGAGACCAAUGGACGAUGUGUAUGUCCACGACAUUACCUUGGGUAUCAUUGUGAGAUUAAUACGAAUUCUUCAACGCAGUCGAGCUCACGGUUUCAGCGAUUUGGAGAUCAGGUACGUUACCUUAACUUAAAUAUUAUAACUAAUAUCAUUUCUAUUUGAAUACCUGACUGCUACUAAUGGUAUACUUACGUGAUCUUGGGCUCAUAUAAAUGUUAAAGAUAGUACAAAAGUUUAAAAAAACUAAUUUCAGGGUUCCGACAUGUUCACCAGAGACAUCUCCGGCACAAUCUUCAGUCUAAUAAUGAUAGUCGUACUUGUCGUCAGUAUGUAUCUACUAAUGAAACACAGAAUGCAGGUAUGUCGCCAUGUCUAUGAUAAUAUUCAAACUUUAGACGAGGUACCUAAAUAGAAGGCCAGACCUAUUAACGGCUUGUAACUUCCCCGUGCCUGUCCCUGCAGCUGUAGCCGUGGCCGCAAAUCAUGGCCCCGGAGGCUGUUUCGCGACAAGGAGGGGCGAUUUCGACGACCCAAGGAUAUACUCUUUCAGACAAAUAAUCCCCGACUCUGGGCCACCGCCUUAUAUUCAACCAGGACAACGAAGUAAGUCUUAUUUUUAUCAGAAAGUAUCUUUAUACAUGAUUUAGAGCUGUUUUGGCUAGGUUAAUGCGUUAUAUCGAGAUAAGAAGGCAACUAUAAUAUAAAAACAUACAAAUAUUAUUUAUUUUACAAUUUUUUGAAACAUAAACGUAAAGUUGGGUAUGGUGCGACAAGAAAAGACCAAUAUUUCCGAUUUUUUUCAAGAAAAAUAGUUUGAGGGUUGCGGCCUCAGUUAUAAAACCUUUGCAGGCCGCGGAAACAGAGUUAUACGAUACAUUUUUUAAGCGUAAUUUUGAAUGCUAAAAGUAAUACGAUGCGAAAAGCUUUGGCAUUACAAAAAAUGAAUAAUAUAAUAUUUUACUCAAAGUUUACGAUUUUUUAUAUAAAAUCUUGUUGACGCUCUGAAGACUAAUCCAAUGUUUGUUUUUAAUAGUUUUUUGGGCCUGAUUGAUUGCAAAACAUGGAGUAUUAAUAGCAACAUAAAUAAAUAAAUGUGUUUAUAUUGCUCUUUCAGGACGUCGCUCUCAGGACGAAGCUCUUCCGCCGCUUCCGAGCUACGAAGACGCGACAAAACUUCCACCACUACGGUGAGUACAAGACUAUGUACUAUAUAGUACAUUAGGAGCGAAAAUAACAAAAAGUCAUGUAAAUAUAGAUAAAUUUAUGUUUUGAAUCUACAAUAUUUGAAAACAGUUUACUAACUCAAUAUAAUACCAAAAAAAAAUCAAAGUGAAUCGAGGUUUAGAUGGCAUAGAUAACUUUAAAAUUAAAAAAUGAUAAACAGGCUCCAAAAGUUAGGUGCAUCAUGACGCAAUCCGAAAAGAUUACAAAAAGUUUGUUUCCAGACACAACCUCGGCGAAGAGAACGCGUCCGAUGACAACGUGGAGAGUGGCCAAGGCGCGGCCAUAAGCGACGAUCGGGCGGAGACCCCGCCCACGUCCCAUCAGAAUCUGGCUACGUCCAAUCAGGACGAAGACGACGCUCAGUCCGAAGUCCCAGAAACCUCAUCUCUUAGUUCAGGCGGGUCCUCAGUCUCCUCAAAAGGCGACUAG